AUGGAUAAGUUGAAAGAAGCGAAGAAUCCUAGCCCAGCACGGAUCAAACAAAGGCGGCUCCUUGCUCUGAUUCUUUCAACAAUAGCUGCUCUUCUCACGGUAAUCGUUGUAUUCCUAUUCUGGGGAAGCCAGGAAAAUCUCGAACGUCCCAGGCUAGAACGCAAAUACAACAUCCCUGACAAAGUAUCGCCCACGAAAAAGAGCGCUCCGCUGGGUAGAAGAACAGUUCCAAGAUGGAAGGAUAGCUAUUUGAAGGCCCAGUCACUUGUCAACAAUAUGACCCUAGUGGAAAAGGUCAACAUUACAACUGGGGUAGGCUGGAAAAUGGGGCUUUGUGUUGGUAAUACCGGACCUGCCACAGAAGUCGGGUUUCCUUCGUUAUGUCUUCAAGAUGGCCCGUUAGGGUUACGCUUUGCGGACAACAUAACCGCAUUCCCUGCUGGUAUUACUGUUGGAGCAACUUGGAAUAGGGAUCUGAUGCAUAGAAGAGGCGAAGCGUUGGGGCGAGAAGCUCGACGAAAGGGAGUAAAUGUCCUCCUGGGUCCCGCUAUGGGCCCUCUAGGGGUACUUCCAGCCGGAGGGCGUAACUGGGAAGGCUUUGGCACUGAUCCUGUUCUGCAAGGAAUUGCGUCUGCGGAAACUAUACUAGGGACGCAGAAAGAAGGGGUAAUUGCCACUGCAAAGCAUUUUGUUCUAAAUGAACAGGAGCAUUUUCGGCAGCCACAUGAAUGGAAUAUAUCAGGAGCCAUGUCUACCAAUACGGAUGAUCGCACACUUCAUGAGGUAUACGCGUGGCCGUUUGCCGAGAGUGUUCGUGCUGGUGUAGGUAGCGUAAUGUGUGCAUAUCAGAUGGUUAACAACACAUAUUCCUGCAACAACAACCGGCUUUUGAAUGAAAUCCUCAAAGAUGAAUUGGCGUUCCAGGGCUUCAUUCAGUCAGACUGGUAUGGCCAGCAAACCGGCGUUGCAAGUGCUCAGGCAGGGAUGGACAUGAAUAUGCCGGGAGAAAUACAUUACUCAGACUCGGGAGCGUCUUUCUGGGGUCAGAAUCUGACUACUGCCGUUCUGAAUGGAUCUGUCGAGGUUGGGAGAUUGAACGAUAUGGCAACCAGGAUAGUUGCGGCAUGGUAUCAAUUAAAACAGGACGAGUGGGAAAAGCCACCGCCCGAUGGCAAUGGAGGACCAAAUUUUUCAUCCUGGACAAAGAAUGAAACAGGACGUUUGCAUGAAGGGAGCAAGGAUGACGACCAAAAGGUGACUGUUAAUCGCUAUAUCCGGGCACCAAACGUGUGGAAGGACUCUCAUAGUGGUCUUGCUCGAGAAAUUGCAGUCGAGGGAACUGUCCUCCUGAAGAACGAAGAUGGUAUACUGCCUCUCUCUGCAGAAGGGGAAAGUUCAGAUAGGAAGACGAAGGUGGGUGUCUUUGGGGAAGACGCCGGCCCAGGGGAUGGACCAAACGUUUGUCCUGAUAGGUCCUGCAAUCAGGGAACCCUUGGAUCGGGAUGGGGUAGCGGUGCAGUCGACUUUCCAUAUCUUGUCACGCCGUGGGAUGAGAUCAAGAAGACAUAUAACAGUAACAACGUCUCUUUAGACGGGUAUCUUUAUAACGGCAUCCAAGACAGCGACUUAGAGGAUAAAGACUUAUGCAUUGUAUUUACCAAUGCGAACUCGGGGGAAGGAUUCGCCUCCUGGGAAGGGAUGUAUGGAGAUCGCAAUGACUUAUCCAUUCAAAAGGAUGGCAAUAAUUUGAUCAGACAAGCGGCCAAAAAGUGUGGGAAGGGUAAAGGUAGCACUAUCGUGGUUCUUCACUCAGUUGGUCCGGUAAUGAUGGAAGACUGGAUCGAGAAGCCUGGGGUGAAAGCUGUUAUACUUGCAAACCUUCCAGGUCAGGAGAGCGGUAGAGCUCUUGGAGAUGUCUUGUUCGGUAGAGCUGAUGCAACUGGGAGGCUCCCUUAUACCAUUGCAAAGGAUCCUGAAGACUAUGGACCGGAAUCCAGAGUUCUAUAUGAGAGCAAAGACCCCGUACCCCAGAAAAAUUUCUCCCAGGGGUUAUAUUUCGAUUACCGGUAUUUUGACAAACAAAACAUCACGCCGCGGUACGAAUUUGGGUUUGGUCUAUCGUACACCUCCUUUCGACUAUCGGAUAUCAAAGUCAAGGGUCUAAAACAGAAAUCAGCGAUCGCAAAUGCAGAGUCCGAGGUUAAUGUGGCUUUACCUUCAUAUAACGAAAGCAUCCCAGACCCAGAUCUAGCCCUGUUCCCUGAAGGAUUUCGCGGGCUAGAUAAUUAUGUCUACCCCUACAUCACAUCUGUGGACGAUAUCCAGGAAACAAAACACCUUCACUUUCUCCGACAGAAUACCGAGGAAAAAGGCUCACCUGCCGGGGGUGGUGAAGGAGGAAACCCAGCGCUCUUCGAACAGAUCGUCAACGUCAGCCUCACAGUCAACAACACUGGGGCACGAGCUGGUAAAACUGUGGUUCAACUUUACGUCUCUUUCCCGUCUGGCGUUAAUGAGACAGUUAAGGAAGAGGGGAAAGACGACCAGGCGAUAUCCAUAGAUUUCCCUAACCGUGUGUUACGGAAUUUUGAAAAGACCGAGUUACAGCCUGGCCAAUCGAAGGAACUGAUCUUGCCCUUGACACGGAAGGAUUUGAGUUACUGGAGCAUCUACCAGCAGAACUGGAUAAUGCCUACAGCUGGGAAGUUCAAGUUUUGGGCCGGACAGAGUUCAAGAGACCUACCUCUUACUGGUGAAUUCUAA